GGCCGCAGGGGCGGAGCGGGUAGAAGCCGCUUAUCGCCCCUGAGACAGAAGAGCUUUUGGAGAUUGGUUGGUGUGGAGAUUGAGCUCACGUUGCUGCAAUGACAGACUUUGAAAAGAACCUCCAUCGGGACAUGAUUUCCCAGCUGCAAAAUUUUGCUGCUGUUGGAGAUGCAGCCAGAUUGAAAACGUUGCUCAGCAUUUAUCCGUCACUCAUCAAUGCAGCUGCAGAUAAUGGCUGGACAGCCCUGAUGUAUGGUGCCAGAAAUGGACACCUUGAGGUCGUGCAGAUUCUUCUUGCAGAAGGGUGUGACAGGACCAUUGUGAAUAAAUCAAGACAGACAGCUCUAGACAUUGCUAAAUUUUGCGGGUACAAGCACAUAGCUAAUUUGUUGGCUAAUGUGAAGGGUGGGCAGAGGCCUACUUUUCUGUCAAAUGAAGCAGAGGAAUAUGAAAAUUAUUUUGGCUUGACACUUCUGGACAGAAGGAGUGAUAAAAGAACAGAUACCAAGUGGCUAAGCAAAAAACAAAGCCAUCCAACUGCAGUGUACAUUCUCUUCUCAAAUCUAAGUCCUUUGGUUACUUUGGGUGGGGGAACAGAGAGCUCUCAGCAGUCAAAAGUAAAGCUUUGCAGGCUAUGCUACAAGGAUGUGGAGCAGUACAUGAAUCAAACUGAAGACAGAACCUUGAUUUUUCUGGGAGUUGAACUUCAGUUCCACAUGAACCUGCUGGCUGCUUGCAAUGGAAGAAUUCUGCAAGAGGAUGAAGAGGAUGGGUUAGGUGCUUGGUUUGCUCUUAGCAUAGAUUCUGCUUCAGCUGAAGAAUUUAAACAGAAGCAUGAGGACUGUUCCUUUCUUCACCCACCAAUGCCAGCACUGCUGCAGCUACCUGAAAGAGAAGCUGGAGUAGUAGCCCAGGCUAGAUCUGUUCUAGCAUGGCACAGCCGCUACCAAUUCUGCCCAACAUGUGGGAGUGCAACCAAGAUUGAAGAAGCGGGUUACAAGAAAACUUGUUUAAAAAAAGAUUGUCCCAGUCUUCAAGGUGUUCACAACACAUCAUAUCCAAGAGUUGAUCCUGUUGUAAUAAUGCAAGUCAUCCAUCCAGAUGGCAACCACUGCCUUUUAGGUAGGCAGAAGAGGUUUCCCCCAGGAAUGUUUACCUGUCUUGCUGGAUUUGUAGAACCUGGUGAAACAAUAGAAGAUGUUGUCCAAAGAAAAGUAGAAGAGGAGGCUGGAGUAAAAAUUGGCCGUGUUCAGUAUGUCUCUUGUCAGCCAUGGCCAAUGCCCUCCUCCUUAAUGAUUGGCUGCUUAGCUGUUGCAGUGUCUACAGAAAUUAAAGUUGACAAGAAUGAAAUAGAGGAUGCCAGCUGGUUCACUAGAGAACAGGUCAUGGAAGUUCUUGUCAAAGGAAACCAGCGGUCAUUCUUUGUACCACUGAGUCAAGCUAUUGCACACCAGUUGAUAAAACAUUGGAUUGGAAUAAAUGCUAAUCUUUAAUUCUAAUAAGUGAUUUACUGCUGUUAAGCUCUGAAUGUUUGAUUUGGCCUUUUCUGUCCACCACUGGAAUGAGUCACAGCAUUACUAAAAGGCCUGACCUUCCCUCCUGUUUGAA